AUGCCCGCCGCCGCCAAGCCCGAGGAGAAGGGCGAGUCCUCGACGUCGGCAGCAAAGAAGGCGCUGGCUGCUACGUCGAAUGGAACGCCCAACUACGAGCUGCCCUGGGUCGAAAAGUACCGGCCGGCCUUUCUGGACGACAUUGUGGGCAACACCGAGACGAUUGAGCGGCUCAAGAUCAUCGCCAAGGACGGCAACAUGCCGCAUAUUAUCAUCUCGGGGAUGCCGGGCAUCGGCAAGACGACCAGCGUGCUCUGUCUGGCGCGGCAGCUACUCGGGGACGCGUACAAGGAGGCGGUUCUGGAGCUGAACGCGAGCGAUGAGCGCGGCAUUGACGUGGUGCGCAACCGGAUCAAGGGCUUCGCGCAGAAGAAGGUGACGCUGCCGGCGGGCCGGCACAAGAUCGUCAUCCUGGACGAGGCUGACAGCAUGACGUCGGGAGCGCAGCAGGCGCUGCGGCGGACGAUGGAGAUCUACUCCAAUACGACGCGCUUCGCCUUUGCGUGCAACCAGUCCAACAAGAUCAUCGAGCCGCUGCAGUCACGCUGCGCGAUCCUGCGCUAUGCCCGCCUAACGGACGCCCAGGUCGUCAAGCGGCUGCUGCAGAUCAUCGAGGCUGAGCAGGUGCGCUACAGCGACGACGGGCUCGCCGCGCUCGUCUUCAGCGCCGAGGGCGACAUGCGCCAGGCCAUCAACAACCUGCAGUCCACCCACGCCGGCUUCGGCUUCGUCUCGGGCGACAACGUCUUCAAGGUCGUCGAUGCCCCCCAUCCCAUCAAGGUCCAGGCCAUGCUCAAGGCCUGCCACGAGGGCAACGUCGACGCCGCCCUCGACAUCCUGCACGAGCUCUGGCGCCUCGGCUACUCCAGCCACGACAUCAUCAGCACCAUGUUCCGCGUCACCAAGACUAUGCCCGGCCUCAGCGAACACGCCAAGCUCGAGUUCAUCCGUGAGAUCGGCUUCACCCACAUGAAGAUCCUCGAGGGCGUCCAGACCCUGCUCCAGCUCAGCGGCUGUCUCGCCCGCCUCUGCAAGCUCAACAUGGACCCGAAGCUGUUUGCGGCCUUGUCGUGA